CCGAAAACCAGGUGAUCUCGAAACUUACUUGCCAUGGCUUCAAGCACCUGCUCAUCUUGUCGCAGCACAUCGAGAACAUGAAGCAUCGCUAGAGAUCACUGAAGAACCUUUCGACGACAAGUGUGUACAGAUUAUAGACAAGAUGAAGGGUUGCAUUGUGGGUAUUCCCACUCUCUUUGCGUUUCUGCUGUGUAUCCAAUCUGUAUCAGCUGGCACGUUGGACUUCUAUCUGACCGGGACCGUGGAGCUAUACGAAGAGUUUAACGCAUCAUCUUUUAAUGGGAACAAUUACGCUGCGUAUAAUGUGAGUUACUAUGCUCCCAGUGCAGCGGUUUAUGCUCCAAAUGUGAACCAGGCAAAUUAUGUAGCCUUUUCGGAACACUUAACAAUGGCUGCUACGGUAAUCGACAUUUUGGAUAUCUACGACACCGCCAAUGCCGCAUAUGCCGGGGAAGCUAAGCUCCACAUAGAAAGUGUUGUCGAGCAAUAUGACACCUCCGUAAACCCUGACCAGGUUCAGAUAUCCAUGUGGAUUUACAAUACCGCCACCAGCGCUGUAGCCUCCACUGUGAUGGUUGAUGUGGAUCUAACUGCAGGCUUGGAAGUGGAUUACGACAUUUCCACCUUCCUCAUCAAUGGUAGCGGCAACACCUUCAAUACAGACAUCACGGUCAUCAGCAAGAAACAAUUUACAUGGAGUGCGUCAACUAUCUCGGGUCUGGAGGGACGCUCUUUACAGUUUAUAGCAACACCAUCUGGCAGUGUAGGACGAGACCUCGCUGUGGGAGCCAAUCUUUUUACCUCCAGUGUUACUUACUACCUAAAUGCAACAGAGGUUGUUGGACCAAUAGACCUGACGGUUUGUGUGAGCCGCGAGGAUUCAGUCACUGAGAGUGUCCUGUACCAACACGGUCUCACCGCUCUCACCUUCUUCAUGGCACUCAUUCUGGGUGUCAUCAUCGUCAUUGUUGGGGUCGUCGUCUACCGCCUUCUGUCUAAUCGUAAAGGAGCCAGAACCGUUCAUGUCCAUGAGCAUGACGUCAUAAUGCACGAGAAGGGAAAUCGGCUUGUGAUGGAUUAUGGGAAGGCCAUGUCAAAGAAAGGACACACCAUUACAGACUACAGCCUGGUGAAUGAAGAUGAGAGCAUAGUCGGGAUUUUGGCCAUGAAAGACCGUCUCGGACGUCACCGAGAAAUAGACAAUUUGGACAUCGCUGCCACCAUAACUGUCGACGAGGGUCUGGAGGAAGAAAGAAAUGAAUCCUCAGAGGCAGUCACCACCAUGUAUGUUCAGAUCAUGAAACAAAAUGGUGACAUCUCCCAGAAGACAGAGGAUGGCGUGAUCCAGAAACACAGGAUGAGGAAGGGCGUGCUACGUAAAAGUCUUGAUGAUGAAUACCAAGGAGAAAAAAGGAAACUCCUCAAGAAGCUCUCGGCUAAAAACAAGGCCAAAAUGUCGAGACUUCACCAGAAACAGAAGGUUGACAAAAGGAAGCUGGUCAGCGACAUGACUGACAUUGGAGAUGAGGAGAGGAAACAGUUACUAGUUAUGAUGGAUGCUGAACAUCAAACAGAACAGGAAGAAAAAACGUACCACCUCAAGCUGGAACAGGACGAGGAGAUGGAGAAUCUCAGAAAGGAGUUUGCAGCCCGUGAAAGGAUCAACCAGAAAGAACUGCAAAAGACAAUGCUGAAGGACCUGGAGGUGGACGGCAACCUUCAUGAUGAGAAGGUUCAAUGGCUGCUUGACGAGCACAAGGAAUCACAGAAACGUCUUGAUCUUUCUUACGACAACGAGAUCUCCAAGCAAAGGAUGCAACUUGAGGAGAAACUUGAGCGACGGCGGGGCCUGUCUAAACUCAGUGAACAAAAUGAAGAUGACAUGAGUGACACCCUGAACUACCUGGCUUCCAAUAUGAAUGACUUUAUCACGAGGGCCAAAAAGGACGGGAUUGUGAGCCCAGACGAAGCCAAGGUGAUGUUUGAGAAGGCCAAGAAGGAGAUGAUUGCUCUGAAGGAACAGAUGGACAAAGACCGCCGCAAACAGGAGGAGGAUCUACACAAAAAACUCAGCAACCUUAAAAAACAGCGCAUGGCAAAUCUGCAAAAACAACAGGAAGGAGAGUUACAGAGCUACAUGAAGUCCCAUUCAGCCCAGACAGAUGGCCCAGUCGAUCCCCUGUCACUGGUGGAAGGGAAGCUCCAGCUUGAGUCAAAGCACCGUGAAGAAGCACACAAAGUAAGCGACCAGAUGGAUCAGGAGCAUGCUCACGACCUGGCCACUCUGCGUGAGGAGAUUUCCACACAAACUGAAGAGGAUCUCAGUAACAUACAGACACAGCUUAUCAACAAUCUGAAAAACCAGGGGUUUUCUGAGGACACCGCCCGUGUAUUGAUCAAGAAACACCGUGAUGCGAUGGCCAAGCUACAGGAGUCACAGGAGGCUAAUCUCCAUAAUCAAAUGGUCAACAUACAGGAGAGGCUGGAGAGGAAUCGGGCUGAUCUGGAAAUGAGGAAAGCACAAGAGAAACAAGAGCAAGCACUGCUUCGGGAACGUGAGGAAAAACUGGUCAAUAACUUGAUCACCGGACAGAUGGUGAUGUCAGAUGACGAGAGGGACAGGAUCCUACAGGAGCAUGAGAAACAGAUGGUCAAACUGGAGAACAACCUUACUUUGAACAAACUACGACAGAAGAGGAUGUUGGAGGAAAAACUAAUGGAGAAACGGGAUAGACAGAUGCACAAACUACAAGAAAAACAACUGCAGCAGACACAGGCACAGAAGAGAAAACAGGAAAACAAUGCGGAGGAAUCUGAUGACGAAAGCCGGAAGGAGAAGACCAACUUACUCAAGUUGCAGUUUGAACAGAGGAUGGUAAUAUUACAUGGAGAGAAACUCAACCUGGAUGAUGAAAUGGAAAAUGUUCGGGUGGAGAUGUUGAAGCAGCGUGCCCUUGCCUUGAAGAACCAGGAAGAACGACUUGGUGGUAUGGUUGCAGCACUGCAGGUGUCGAAGGCACAUGAACUAUCUAAGAUUGAGGAUCAGCAGAAGGCCAUCAAUGACCUCAAGAUGAACCUUAUGGACGACCUAAACGAACGAGGUGUCCUAGGCAAUCAAGAGUGUCAGGAAAUCAUUGAGCGCUACAAAGAGGAGCAAGAUAAACUUCAACAUUCUUUAGCAGAUAGACAGAGGCAACAUGAAAAGGCCUUGAAGAAGCGUCUGAAGCAACGACUUCAACAGCGAGAGAAAGUCAUGGCAGAGACACAGGAGAAGGAGCUUCAGGAAAUCUUAAGCCAGUCAAAAAAUAAAGUUGCUGCGAAGAUCAAGAAAGCUCUGUUAUUACAUAAACAGAUGAUUGAAAUGGAACAGAUGAGGAACCGAUUGGAUAGAGAAAUAUCACAAACACUCCGUGAAACGCAGAGAUUGUUUGAGAUGGAACGACUGCAGAAGAUUCAAGAACAGGAAUUGCUGGUGAUAUCGCGUUUGAUAAGUAUCGGUGGAUUUGAGAAAGAGGACCUGAAUAAUGUGCUACGGACAUUAUUCCCAUCAAAGACGGAAGAGGACAUCAAGAAAAUAAUGAGCAAAAUCUAUGACCCACAGAAGAUGCAGCCAGCACCGGUAUCUAGGGAUAAAGAUGGCAGUGUAAAUAGUUCUAAUGUGAAUUUGACGGCGAGAGUGAAGGAGUUCUCCCGCCGCGAAUCUAUGGCUGAGAUACAAGCCAUGUCACAACCACCUACUCCACGACAACGGUCCAAGAAAGGAAAGUCAAAGCCCAAGUAUGUAGAACGAUUCCAUGAGGAUGAAGAGGAACCUAGUUAUCCAUCGUAUUCACGUCCGGACCCCAUCGGAGAGGUGCGAGAGUCUCGUCAACAAUACGAUGAGGACUUCAUGGAGGCUAGGCAGGUCAACUCCGACUACCUACAGGCUCAGCCUAUCAAGCCGUCACAGUUACCUCCCCUUGACGCACCUCAGGAAGGUGGAGGCAGGAAAAAGAAGAAGAAGAAAUUAUUGAAAAAAAUAGCAAAACCUAAACAGGAUUACUAUGAUGAUGAGGACAUUUUGUGAUAGGCUGUAAUAAAUUAAUUCCUUUUAACUCAAUUUCAUAUGUGACAUGUUCUUAUACUUUUAUUUCAUAACAUUUUAAUAUUGAAAAAAAUAUAUAUAGUCAAAUGUGAGAUCCAAAGCGAAAUUUUAGUCAUGAUAGAAUUUGUAAGGUUUUAACUCAUUAGUAAGCAUAUCAAAACAUUAAUUGACCUAGUAGUGUUUUAUAGAUUGUAUAUCAUUUUAACCCACAAGAAAAACACGAAAAAGGGGAAACGUUUAUACUAUAUGACGGUAUGGACAUUUCAUGUCAUUCCCAUGAAUGGUAGCUAUCAGUGCUCAUGUGACACAUAUAUUAUAUUGUUGGGUUGUAAACCUAACCCCAGACAUAAACAAAUUCAUUCAAGUGCCUGUCUUACUCCAUUUAAACUGAUAAAUAAUGAUAUAUCUCUGUUUUCCUGUAGCUUAUACAGGUUUCUUCACUAUACCUGUGUAGCAUUAUUGGGUUAAAAACAUUUGUAGUGUGGGUCAAACAAAAUGAGGGCAUUUUCAUUGACUAGUAUACAGGUCAAAAUCCCUUUAUCAACUUUUACCUCACAGAAGAGGGCACAGUGUUUUGCACAAUUAUUCUAAUUGAAAUUUUUCAGGGUUGAAAAAUGUCCUUCUGUAUAAAUAGAAUUUUUGGACAUUUUAAGCAUUGUUAUGGGAGAAAAGGUUCCCAAACUCAUAUUUUAUCUGUAGUGUGGUUAGUUUGCAAAAUCAAAAAGAUAAAACAAAAUAGAACAACCCAUCGAGGGAAACAUCGUUUUGAAAAUUCUACAUUGAACUAACUCAGGUUAAAAGCUCAAUAUGAUAACCAACCAUCAUUGUUGGGGAACAGCUUAUUUAUGCUACUGUGCCUGCAUUUAUUGAAUAAAAACAUUUUCAUUUUAUAACCUAAGCUGCAGAUGGCAAAUAUAAUCAAUAAUGUAUAUACUUUUUAAUAGAUUCUCAAAAUCAUGGUUCCACAUUUUUAUGAAAAAAAUGAAAAACCAGGGCAUUUGUGUAACAAAGUAUGAACGUUAUUGAUGCCUUUAUUUCCCAAUCUUGUAAUUAAUUACAUGUAUAUAUUGUAUUUAUAACAUCUGCUUUAUUUUACAUUUAAAUCAAGGGAUAAUUGAUGAUUUUGUUGAUGAAGUCUCAUUUUGCUUUUCGAAAUAUUUUUACAAAACAUGAACUGUUAUACAUCUCUGAAGAUAUUGUAAAUUCAAUGGGUAAAUUUUGUAAUCUGUGAUAUUUUUUUUAUUGUAAAUAUGUAACUUAUCCUGUACAUGUAGAUUUUUUUAGAUUAAAUAUAGUUGUAAGUCAUAUAUCAUCCCAUUUUCUUCCAGUUUCUAUAAAAUCAAAAUACUGUCAAAAAGUGUCCUUCAGUUUCCAUACCUUUUUACUUGGUCGUCAAUAGCUUAUACUCAAACCUCUACCAAACCAGAGGGACCAAACAACUUGUUACAGAAGCUGUUUUUCGACAUUAAAUGCUGUGUUCAAAGAAAUAUUAGAUGCAUCUAAACUAUCAUUCGGAGCUUGCAUUUUAACUGAAAUUAGAUUUAAGCCUAGAAAAUGUUAAAUAUUUCUCUGAACUCAAACAAUAGCUUCUGGAACAAAUUCCCAGGUCCCUGUGUUAAACAACCACCAUUGGUUGCACCUGGCAAUACAAUGUAAUUAACUCAAUAGGUAGACCACUCCGCUAUGGUUUUAUAUAUCAAGAUCCCAAACAGUAUAUAUAAAUGCAAAUGUAUCAUACUAAGGGCUGAAUUAAGUUUCUGUAGGUGAGUCGGAGAUUUUUCAAAUACAUAUAUUUAUGUGGAGGCACCGUAGUCCAGCGUUAGGACGCCUGGCACUGGUUUGAGUCACGGCACAGCACUCUGUUGUACCUUUGAGCAAGAUACUUUACUCGGCUUGUUCCAGUCUACUCAGCUGU